AUGUCCACAUCAUCUCCAUCCUCAUCUGGCAAAAAACGUUCUGCUCCCUCUGAUGCGUCAGCAGAGAUCACUAUAGCCGAUCAAAGCAUUUCUGAUUCUCGUCCUCCGCCAAAAAAAAGACCUCCAAGAAGGGUUAAAAAUCCGGUACUCAGCUCGACAACAUCUGGAAUCGGGGCGUCAGGUGCCGCGACUAACCAGAUGGAUGUUAAUUCUGGGACCAUCAAUUCUGGAGAAAAUAGCUCUAUUCAAGUUGGGCUAGAUCUCCAAUCAAAUGAUGAAGACGGAAUGAGCAACACAGAUGGAGUGAAUGCAACAGAACUUACCAAUGAGUUAGAUGUCACUAACCAGAUGGAAUUCGCCGAAGAGAUGGAUCCGCCAGAUGAGAUAGAAGUAUCCAUUGAUGACGGUGGACCGGAGUCAACAUCUGUGCCGUCGCCAGCAUCUGCAACACAAGGAAAGAAGCGGACCUAUCAAUCGUCCGCUUCAAAGAAAGCUGCCGCUAAAAAAAAGGCUGCUCAAGAUUUGGCGGACGAAGACACCGGAUUGGACGAGGGCGAGGCCACUGCCAAAGGGGUUCCCCUGCCGACCUCUGGUAACGCUAUUGGAGUGCCCAGCGGUCAACAGCUCACCCCAGCAUUCUAUGUACUAGAGCUGCAACUUCAAUCUCUGCAGGAGACAAUGCAGCAGUCUGUUCGACUCCAACAAGAGGCUAAUCUCUGGCGCAUGGCUAGGGAUACUUCCAAACCGUUUCCGGAUAUGCCGAUCACAACGGCUGAUCUUUCUGCCUGUCCGGGACCAGCAACAGCAAAAUUGGCAAAAUUGGAUUUAGCUGCUUUGGCCUUGAGGCGGGGCGGCGAAAAGCCAAUUCAUCAGAAAUCCGCUCCCACUUCGAAAGCCGCUGCCAAAGCUCCGCCUUUAUUACCUCGCAAUCCCAGAACCAGGACCAGAGAAUCUUCUUCAGCAGCACCAUCCGCCAGCAUGCCUCCUCCCGCUACCACUUCCGCCAAUCCUAGAUCCCAAAUUCCAAUCGACUCAGCGCCGAAUUUCUCUGCAUCCAACCGGCUCGCCUCAAGAUCGGAUCGCCAAACUUCCAUUUCCUCCAAUGCAUCUGAUCUAUCUGACGAGGGUGAUGGAAUGCCGUUUUCUGGCUAUAGUAGAGGUGCAAGCAGACCAAGAUCCAUUUCGUCUUCAACGGGCUAUACACCUUCCACAUCCUCUCCACUCAAACAGACCUCAGAACUUCCACUCUCAAGCAGACCAUUGAAUGUUGGAUUCAAAACAGCAUUGCAAACUGCCGCGAGAUCCUCUAACAUUCCGACGUUGCCACUGCCUUCUCCAACUUCCGCUGUGACAGAUAUGGAAUCUGACAAAGGAACGGAUCUUGUCACUCAGACGGCAGACCAACUCGGCUUUUCGGUUACACCUGGAGGUCAGGUCGGAUCAUACGGUUUCCAACCUUCUCUCCCCGCUGGCUUUCUUCAGACGACUGGAGCUCAGUUCACUCCGUCAGGUCAUCCAUCAGGUCAGAACUUGCCUUUUUUUCCGAAUCCGCAACACCAUCAAGCUGGUCAGCCAACUCCCUUCGGCUUGCCUCCAUUUCAAGGUAAUCCUUCUUACCCAUACGGCAUGCAACAGUAUCCAUAUCAACAACAAAUGUUCCAUCAAUACCCACAGCAGCAGCAACAGCAACAGCAACAGCAACAGCAACAACAACAGCAACCUGGUAUAUUGAGCGGCGACACAGCAUCUUUGGGGUUCGGCAUCCCACUCCAGCAACAGCAAUACCCACAGCAGAAUUUUCAGCAAAUGCCAUUCCAACAACAACAGCAUUACCAACAGCCAGUUUUCCAGCAACGACAGCCUUUCCAACAACAGGUUGUCCAUCAACAACAGCAGGAGGAACAGCAGGAGGAAGAGCCGCAAUCCGAAGCUCCGAUAGAGGCAAUAGAAUGA